AUGUCUUUUACACAAGUUUCACCUGGUAGUAAAGUUCUUUUGAUUAACUCAUCUCACUCGGAUCCUUCUCAGCUUGACGAAGCUAAAUCACUUUUGCUGCGACAGGUCACUGAAAAUGGUCUUGUCAAUAUUGAAACUUUAAGUCGAAUAGUUCAAGGCGAUCUCCCGAAUUCCACAUACAAUAUCAUUUAUACUAAUUAUUUUGGCACCUUAGCUUCUGCUCAUAAUACCGCAACACUUUCAAAAUUUGCUUCGACACUGGUACCAGGUGGUAUUCUAUACCUCAAGGAACCCGUCUUGCUCACUUUAGGAUUUGCAGAAAUUCCAAUCACUCGCACGACUCAAGAUUUAAUUGGUGAACUCAAAUUAUCUGGAUUCGUAGAUUUUGAAAUCAGAAAUGCUACUAAAGUUGAGUUUAAUGAUUUAGCCAAUAUCAUAGAGCAAGUUUGGGGAAUAACAGAUGAGAAUAAGAAAAAAGAUCUUGUUCAUUCAUUAUAUGGCCAGUUACAUUUAGUAGAAGUUGUAGCUAAAAAACCAGCAUACGAAAUUGGUGCUUCAUUUGCUUUGCCAUUUGCCAAAAAAACUGCAAACGGUAGUACUACAAAGAAAGCCUCCAUAUGGACACUUUCUAAUGAUGAUGAUGAAUUCGAGGACGAAGAUCAAUUGUUAGAUGAUGAAGAUUUGGUCAAACCUGAUAAGAGCACUUUAAUUAGACCUGAUUGUGAAACUGGCGGAAAGAAAAAGGCUUGCAAGAAUUGUUCAUGUGGUCUUGCCGAAGAAUUAGAAAAAGAAAGUAAACCAGCACCAAAAGCUCAAACUUCAUCUUGUGGGAGUUGUUAUCUUGGAGAUGCGUUCAGAUGCUCAACAUGUCCAUACCUUGGAAUGCCGUCUUUUACUCCUGGAGAAAAGGUUGUGCUUGGAGGCAAUAUGAUGCAGGAUGAUUUAUGA